AUGGCGACAGUGGCAUCGGCAAGAUGGCCGAAGCGCAUGCUGGUAUGCACCAGCAGGUGGACCAUGUCGAGCGCUUUCAGGCACAAGGAGAACUCCAUGCUCUCUGCCCCUCUCAUCUGCCGCCUCCAUGCAGGUUCGAACUUGAUCCAUGGCAGAGAACAGAAGGUAACUCUUGCUGGAGCUCGGACGCUCUGGUCAUGGGGGAGUGCGGACCAUGGAAGAGGAGGAUCAGGUGGCCACACCGAUGCCCCCAUCUUUGAAGUCAUCCAGAAAGAACCGGAGAAGGUCGAGAAACCAGUGCUUCCAGCCAAGCUCAUCAAGAAAGUUGCGUGCGGUGGAGCGCACAGCAUGAUCGUGACGGAGUCAGGAAGGCUGCUGACAUGCGGGCUCAACGACAACGGGCAACUUGGACUAGGAAACCUCGAGAACGCCAGCGAGUUCGAGGAGGUGAAGGGGACAGAGUCCAUAGCUGACGUGGCUGCUGGGUUCUGGCACACCCUCGCAGCAUCCAAGAAGGGCAAGCUCUACGCGUGGGGCUCGAACAAGCACGGGCAGCUGGGGCAUCAUGACACUGCUGUCAAGUUGGCGGUGGAGCCCCAGGAGAUCCUUCUGCUGCGAGAUGCUCCCAUCAAGCAGGUUGCCUGCGGUUCCUACCACAGCAUGGCGUUGACCAAGGACGGGGAGGUAUACACAUGGGGGUUCGGAGCGCAUGGGCGGCUGGGCCAUGGCUCGACUGAGGACGAGUUCAUGCCGAAGCGAGUGGAAGCACUAGUGGGAGAGAAUAUCUCUUCCAUCCAUGCAGGGUUUGAGUAUUCGAGUGCCGUGAGCACAAGUGGCAAGGUCUUCGUGUGGGGGUACGGUCAUUUCUAUGUGCUGGGCCAGGGAGACAAGAAGGACCAGCUGGCGCCUGUUGUGCUCGACUUCCCCACGAGCAUCAGACAGCUUGCUUUCGGCUCCUUCCAUGCUGCCGCCGUCUCGCACAGCGGGAUGCUGUUCACUUGGGGACAUGCUACUCACGGUCCUCUCGGACAUGGGUUGAAAUCCCCGAACAUCAUCCUGGAGCCAACUGUUCUUGAUGCACCCGCACAGUUGCAGAACAGCAAGCAGGUAGCAUGCGGAUCGCAACACACGCUUGUCGUUACUGGCACCGGCGAUGUCUUCUCUUUCGGGUUGGGUGGUCAAGGUCAGCUCGGGCUGGGAAGUGACUUGGACCAUUAUGAGCCGAAGCAGAUUCCUCGUUUUGUGGGCAAGUCCCUGCGGCAGGUCGCGUGCGGUCUGUUCCACUGUAUUGGUUUUUGA